AUGGAGAACGCUUUUCUCCGCUCCCCAGCGGAGGCUCUGGAGCACUUCAAGGUAUCCGAGCAGUCCGGUCUAUCCCAGGACGCGGUCCUCAAGGCCAGACAACAGCAUGGCCCCAACGCCCUUGCUGAGGAACCCCCAACCCCUAUGUGGGAGCUUAUUUUGGAACAAUUCAAAGAUCAAUUGGUGCUGAUCUUACUUGGUUCGGCCGGCUUGUCGUUUGUCCUCGCGCUCUUCGAAGAGGGCGACGAUUGGACUGCGUUCGUCGACCCCGUCGUUAUCCUCACCAUCCUCAUCCUCAACGCCGUGGUCGGAGUGACCCAGGAAAGCAGCGCCGAAAAGGCUAUCUCCGCUCUUCAGGAAUAUUCGGCCAACGAGGCCAAGGCUAUCCGUAAUGGAAAGGUUACCAAGGUCAAGGCCGAGGACCUGGUUCCCGGAGAUGUGAUCCAGAUUGCGGUGGGUGACCGUGUCCCUGCCGACUGCCGACUGCUCGCCAUCCACAGCAACAGCUUCCGCGUCGACCAGGCUAUCCUGACCGGUGAGAGUGAGAGUGUCGCAAAGGAUACUGGAGCUAUCAAGGACAACCGAGCUGUCAAGCAGGAUCAGGUCAACAUGCUUUUCUCUGGAACCACUGUGGUGAACGGUCAUGCGUCCGCUCUUGUUGUGCUGACCGGUAGCUCGACUGCUAUUGGUGACAUCCACGAGAGCAUUACUGCGCAGAUCUCCGAGCCCACUCCCCUGAAGAAGAAGAUCAAUGACUUCGGUGACAUGCUUGCCAAGGUCAUCACUGUUAUCUGCAUCCUGGUCUGGGUUAUCAACUAUGAGAACUUCAACGACCCUGCGUUCGGUGGCUGGACCAAGGGUGCUAUCUACUAUCUGAAGAUCGCAGUCUCCCUCGGUGUUGCUGCUAUUCCUGAAGGUCUGGCGGUGGUCAUCACUACCUGUUUGGCCCUCGGUACCCGCAAGAUGGCCCAGAAGAACGCCGUGGUCCGGUCCCUUCCCUCCGUCGAAACUCUUGGUAGCUGCAGCGUGAUCUGCUCCGACAAGACCGGAACCCUCACCACUAACCAGAUGAGUGUCGAGAAGAUUGUCUAUCUAUCCAACUCCGGCACUGGUUUCGAGGAAAUUGAUGUCGAAGGUACCACUUUCACUCCCCAGGGCAAGCUCUCUCGCAACGGAAAGGUCGUUGAGAACCUGGCCGUCUCGUCUUCCACCAUCGGACAGCUUGCCGAGGUCACUGCUCUCUGUAACGCCGCUACCCUCGCACACGACGCCAAGAGUGGAGCUUUCUCCAGCAUUGGUGAGCCUACUGAGGGCGCCUUGCGCGCUCUGGUCGAGAAGAUUGGAACCAACGACUCUGCUUUGAACCAGAAGCUCUACAGCCUCCCUGCCUCUGAAAGAUUGCACGCCGCCAGCGCUCACUAUGAGUCUCGUCUCCCCCUGAAGGCCACCUAUGAAUUCUCCCGCGACCGCAAGAGCAUGUCCGUCCUCGUUGGCGAGGGUCAGGAUCAGAAGCUGCUCGUCAAGGGUGCCCCCGAAAGUAUCUUCGAUCGUUGCUCUCACGUCAUCCAAGGCUCUGAUGGAUCUCGCGUCCCUGUCACCAAGAACCACCUGAAGCUUCUCUCCGAGGAGGUUGUUGAAUUUGGAAACCGCGGUCUCCGCGUCAUGGCUAUCGCAAGCGUCAACGGCAUCUCUGGUAACCCCCUGCUGAAGAGCGCCUCUUCCACCGAGGACUACGGCAAGCUUGAACAGAACAUGACUCUUAUUGGUCUCGUUGGAAUGUUGGACCCCCCUCGUGUCGAGGUCGCCAACUCUAUCAAGAAGUGCCACGAUGCCGGUAUCCGUGUUAUUGUCAUCACCGGUGACAACCCCGCCACUGCGGAGUCUAUCUGUCGCUCCAUCGGUGUCUUCGGCGCCAACGAGGAUCUGACUGGCAAGAGCUUUACUGGCCGUGAAUUCGAUAACCUCAGUGAAGGUGAGAAGAUGAAGGCUGUCCAGACUGCCUCUCUCUUCUCGCGCACUGAGCCUAGCCACAAGUCCAAGCUGGUUGAUCUCCUUCAGUCCCUGAACCACGUCGUUGCCAUGACCGGUGACGGUGUCAACGAUGCCCCCGCUCUCAAGAAGUCCGACAUUGGUGUUGCCAUGGGUACUGGAACUGAUGUGGCCAAGAUGGCCGCUGACAUGGUUCUGGCCGACGACAACUUCGCUACCAUUACUGUUGCCAUUGAAGAGGGUCGCUCCAUCUACAGCAACACUCAACAGUUCAUUCGCUACCUGAUCUCCUCCAACAUUGGUGAGGUCGUGUCCAUCUUCCUGACUGCUGCCCUUGGUAUGCCCGAGGCUCUCGUUCCUGUGCAGCUUUUGUGGGUUAACCUCGUCACCGACGGUCUUCCCGCCACCGCUCUGUCUUUCAACCCUCCCGACCACGAUGUCAUGAAGCGCCCUCCCCGCCUUCGUGAUGAGGCUCUUGUUGGCGGCUGGUUGUUGUUCCGCUACAUGGUGAUUGGUAUCUACGUCGGUGGUGCCACUGUCUUUGGUUACGUCUGGUGGUUCGUCUACAACUCCGAGGGACCCCACAUCUCUUUCUCCCAGCUGGCCAACUUCCACAAGUGCUCCUCUCAGUUCCCCGAGAUUGGAUGUGAGAUGUUCAGCAAUGACAUGGCCAAGUCCGCCUCCACUGUCUCUCUCUCCAUCCUUGUGGUGAUCGAGAUGCUGAACGCCAUGAACGCCCUGUCCUCUAGCGAGUCCCUCCUGACUUUCUUCCUGGGCAACAACCCCAUGCUCAUCUACGCCAUCACUCUCUCCAUGGCUCUCCACUUCGCUAUUCUGUAUAUCCCCUUCCUGCAGAACCUGUUCUCUAUUCUGCCUUUGGACUGGAACGAGUGGCAGGCCGUGCUUGUGAUUAGUGCGCCUGUGAUUCUCAUUGACGAGGUCCUCAAGCUCAUCGAGCGCCGUCUCUACAACACCAAGGCCGUCAACCCGGCCCAGAACGGCUCGGCCGGCAAGCCCAAGCGGGCUUAA